AUGGCACUCUUAAAAGAAGAGCAGACACCUGAGUUUUGGACCAAAUGCCCCAUCUUUGAUGAAGUGAUCAUCAAGGAAGCAUCUCUUUCUACACCAACAAGGAGUCCUCGAAGAAGAGGAAAGGGAAGAGGAAAGGUUACCACUAAUUUCAUUGACUUGAUUUUAAAUCCAACAUUUGAGGGAACUUUAGGUUCUGGAACAACUCUGGAGGCUACUCCAACAUUGAAACCUCUUGUUGGAGCCACAUUUACUGAGCCUACCCCUAUUCAGUCUAGCCCAAUGGAGCUCCUUGAAGAAAUCAUUGUUGGUUCUAAUUCUAAACAAGUUGAGCGACAAGAAGAUGAGGAUCCAACCAAAGGGUGUACCUCCAUAAAUGAGCUCGUUUGGAGGAAACAUGCUACGAAAAAGAGAAAAGGUUUGGUUAGUCAAUCUAUCGCUACUAAGGAGGGAACUCAAAAAGGUUGA